AUGGUUAUUGUUUUUGGAUGGAGGGAGUAUUUAACUAGUACAACAACAACUGUUGGAGCAUACUGCCCUGAAGAAGAUGAUGGGGCGUCUGGUGAGGAUGGCGAACUGGGUACAGGUGACGACGCCGGCACGGUCAUGAGCGUCUGGGAGCCCAAGGACAAGCUACCGGCGGCCGCCGCCGAGUCAGCGGGGAGGAGGAAGAAGGAAGCGAAGCGAGACACCGGCAGGCUCUCCGUCGUGCUCCUGCACGGCUUCGCGGGCGACGGCAUCUUCACCUGGACGCUUCAGGUCGGUGCACUCGCCAAGCACUACGACGUGUACGUCCCUGACCUGCUCUUCUUCGGCGGCUCGACGUCGUCGACGCCGCAGGGCGGCGGCGGCCACCGCCGUUCCCCCGCGUUCCAGGCGGAGUGCGUGGAGCGGUGCGCGGUGGUCGGGUUCAGCUACGGCGGCUUCGUGGCGUUCCGGUUGGCGGAGGCGCACCCGGGCCAGGUCGCGUCGGUCGUCUGCACGGGCUCGCUCGCGGGCAUGUCCCGCUCCACCGGCGAGGCGCGGAGGGUCGGCGCCGCGUCGUUCGCCGAGUUCCUCCUCCCCGGCGACGCCGCGGGGCUCAGGUCGCUCUUGUCCACGGGCACCCACAGGAAAUGGUGGUUCCCGGAUUUUGUCCUCAAGGACUAUCUCAAGCUGGCAUGUGAGGUACCCUUCGUGGCGAGGUCAACUGGACUGCGCACGGUUGAUAACCAGAGGAGAAGUGGUGCUUCAUUGCGGGAGAGCUUUUUCUCUCGAUCGAAUCGACUGGAUUGUUGUUCUUAUAUGGAAUUCCUGUACUCCAAAUAUUCGGAAUCUCAGGACAUACUUUUGCUCUGGGGCGAGAAUGACAGCAUCUUCACCAUGGAGCUCGCGAGCAAGUUCAAAGAGCAGCUGGUCCCGAAGGCGGAGCUGCGAAGCAUCAGCAAGGCGGGCCACCUGGUGAUGCUGGAGCGGCCCCGCGUCUUCAACCGCUGCCUCAGGGAGUUCCUGCUGCAGCAGCAGCAGCCACGUACGACGACGACGACGACUUCUUCCGAGGCGAGCCUCUAGCUGGCUGGCCUUCUGCUGUGCGUACCCAGUAGGCCAGCAGCUGCAUUGCACAAAGGACUUGCUGUGCUGUGCUUUCGUCAGGGCGAAGCUAAGAGUUAUUGAAUAACGUACGUACGUGCAUCUGUUUAAUGGUCGGCUAUAGAUCUUCGGUUAAACGAUGCUGUGGCUCACGUGUGCGGUUAGUAUGGCUUCUAUUAUGUUGUCGCAAUGAAUGAUAAUAACUAACCAGUUUUUUCC